CAGUGAAUGUAUAUCUAUGGAGUGCCAGUCUCUUUUUACGGAUGAAAAUAUUUUUCCGCUGUGUGAGAGUUGCGUUAGCGAAAAAGUGACCCACUGAAGGCCAAUUAUAAACUGUAAUCUCUUGCUCAUUUAAUAUACCCGAGAAAACAUACUACGUAAAUGAAAUGAAGACAAUCGGAUCCAGAAUGUCUCUGCCCUACAAGCUCGAGAAAAGCAACACAUUGAUCACAAAGAACGCAGGCUGCUAUAAAACAACAUUAGACAUAAUGUACCGCUAAUAAGUCGGAAACUCGAGAACGAUAUCUGGUGACGAUGCCAACUGCUAACGUAAAAAUCCACCCGGCGACAGCAGACGACCAGGAGAUGACCAGUGGGAGACUUAGAGCCGCAGACCAACAGAACAUGGAUCCAGAGGAAGAUUGGAAAAUUCUCCAUGCGAGAUUCCCUUGGAAACGCUAUCAUUCGGAAAGCAUUGAACAGAAAUACAAUGUGUUCAGAAAGGAGAAAAUGUUAUCUAUAUCGAAACACUUACCUUUGUCAUCGGCUAUGUUUGGUGGAAUCGUUUUUGCGCUCAGUAUUUUCCAUUUUAAUGAAGAGAAAGUGCCGGCCAUUUUGACCACGUGCAUGUUUUUGUUGGUCAACAUCGCCGUUCUAAGUUUAUACUGUGCCAAAGAAAUUCAAACGAACACGUCACAUAUCGUAUCACUAUUUGUAUUUGUUUUGCCGUUUUCCCUUCUUGUUUGUGUUCAACUUUUGGAUUUUCGAGAAAUUUCCGCUUCCGGUAUGAGGGUGGAAUGGGUCGCAUUCUUAGUAUUUUUGGCGUUUGUCACUCUUCCCGUCCGAUACUGGUUAUGCUGUGCAAUGGUUCUAGUUCUGUUUCUAGGACAAUUAUCAGCUGUCGUGUUUAAACUUUUCAAAAAUAAAAGUUCGCCUAUGGAUAUCUUAUACCAGGUGUCUUUGAGCUCUUCGAUUGUUUUCUGUACCUGUACGUUUGGUUCGUACAUGUUCUAUCGAACGGACACUCACCUGAGAAAUGCAUUCUACGUUAUGAAGGAUUCGCACCUGACCAGUACUGCUAUAGAACGCACGCAAGCUCUGCAGAAGAACCUUUUGUCGGCCGUGUUGCCGAAAGCUGUGGUAGCGAGAAUCUCGCGUGACUUCUCCUUGUACAGAUCUAACUCCUUCCGGGAACUCUGCAGCAAGUGCCAUGAAGAUGUCAGUAUGCUCUUUUGCACUGUGACGGGUAUUGGUGACUUUGCAGAUAAAUCUCCCAAAUCAUGCAUUGUUCUCAUCAACGAAUUAAUGUCGCAGUUUUCCUACCAAGCGAAGAAACACUUUAUGGAGGAGGUGGGAUGGUCUUUAAACGAGUAUCAAGCCGUCUGUGGCGCCAUGGAAACACGUGUAGAUCACCCCAUCCUAACCGUGUACACGGCAAUGGCAAUACUGGACUACAUGAAGGAACUCAAACACAAAGUAAAACUUCCAAAUGUGCACGCGCGGAUCGCUAUCCACACGGGUGACAUAGUGACAGCGGUGCUGGGGGCACGACAUUGGAAGUACGACCUCCUGGGUGAUGACGUCAUCAGGGCCAAACACUUGCUAGAGAGGGCACACAACGGACAGGUGUUGAUAUCCGAGGCCACCAAAUCAACUCUUCACGACGAGUUCAUCAUUGAGGCGAUCGGCGAGUCCGACUUCUCUGUCAGAUACGUCGUCAAACGGUUUAAUGGAGAUGACUACGAAAAAGGAAUCGCCGCCCGCAGGGUUCACAGAAAGGGACUUGAGGAAGACGUCCAAACACUGAGAGACUAUAAUACAAAACGUAAUGAAUUAAAGAGGAAGCGGUCCAGUAUCCAGGCCAUGUACAACAGCUCACUGAAGCCUGUGUGUGAGCGAGACCGGGAGACCCUGAGUCCUGUCUAUGUAGGCCUCUGUGUCUUCUCUGUGCUCACCAACUUCUAUGUGACCGCUGUUGUCUCAAACAUAUCCCUCGCUCAGAUAAUAGCUCUUACCAUUGCAGUAUUGUUUUUACUGAGUUUCAUUGCCAUCAACUUCUUCAUUAGCAAAGUACAGAAGCAGCACCGGUCGACCUUGACCCUGAUUGUCGGACACCUGUUUCUGGUUGGAUUUGUGACUUACUUCUGUACUUCCGGCGUGUUCUUAAUGCAGGCGGAAAUUAGCACAAGAUCUCAACAUCACAAUGUCACCCUGUCCUCCCCCUCCGCCCGGCCCCACCUCUGCUGUUUCCCGUCCUUCAUGGCCGUGACCUUGACCGUCCUCACGGUGGCGCUCACUGCGUGUGACGUAGCCAGCUUGAUGACCAAACUGUGCUGUGUCGUCAUCACCGCGGUCUUCCACCACGUGGUGGGGUACGGCGUCUUACCUGGGACCUCGGAGUGGAUAACCGGCGUUCCUCCAUCCUCCAUACUGCCUAAUUAUGACAUCUCCAUCUAUUUUACUGGAAUUUGUGUUUCCGUGAUUCUUUUGAACAUCCAGAUAUCAAGCAUGUUUGGGCGACUGAUGGCUUUCACUACACGGAAGAAGCGUAAGAGACAGCUGCUAUUGGACUGUCGGCAGAAAUACCGGACGCUAGUCCUGGAACUGUUUCCGUACGAACUGGCGACCAGUCUCCUUCAACAUAACAACAACCAGAAGGACGUGUUGGAGGGUACAGUCAGCCCGGUGGGUAUAGCGGUUCUGUCGGUGUGUUUUGAUGAGAACACCGAGGAUUCCGACAACGAGGCUACGACGACGGCCUACAAAGCCAUUCAGUUCACCGACAACAUUGACAAGGUUUUGCUAGACGUUUCGUUUAGUGGGAUUCAUCGAUUGGUGUCUUCAGUGACGUCACAUAUAUUUAUCAGCGGACUCUGUGAUGGUGUGCAGGAAACGACAGGGGACAGCAGUCAUCUCGGCCAGAUGAUGAGAUUCCUACGUCAUAUUCAAAACCUUUGCUCAGAGAUGAAUAUUUCUUAUAUGAAAGCAGGUGUCCACCAUGGUCCAGUGCUGUCCAGUAUCGUUGGUGGAUCCAAAGCUAGGUGGGGUGUGUGGGGGACAACGUUGGACAUUGCCAAAGAGAUACACAUAGCGGCCAAACCUAACAUGAUCACGGUAUCCCAAGAAGCUGGGGACAUUCUGAGGAAAUUCGGACACAAAUUUGAGGAGGGGGAGGAGGAGGAUGUUAUUUCGACCAAUCAACCAAUGGCUGUGACGGUGCUGACGUAUGGCAGACAUUAACCACGCCCACUGCCAGGGAUUAAACUGUCAGGGAUAUUUAGUGCUCAGUUAAUCUGUGAUGGUUUUCAUGUCACUUUCAAUUAGUAUUUUUGUAUGUAUAUCACAUAACAUCUGCUACCAAAAUAAAAAAAGAAUAAAUAAACGAGGAGAAACUACAAGUAAUGCCAGAAACUUUAAAACAUUCCAUUUUUGGAAUUGUGUCAUUUUAUAACAUUUAUACGAAUAAAAAUACUUCGUAUUCUAUA